AAUAACUAUAUAGUAAUACUGUAUUUUUUGUUGUAUAUAUGUAAUAAAUAUAAAGUAUAUACGCAUAUAUACUAUUAGUCACUGUGAUCACGUGUAUAGGAUUGAGUGUAUAUUGAUAAGAGCAUAUCUAUAUACAUUGUUUUUAUACAAUUGAUUUCUUAUAAGUGUGUACAUAUUUUAGAUUUCAAAUAUUUUUAAUACGUAAAUCUAAAGAUUGUACAAAUUUAUUGUUAGAUACAAAAUAUGUUAAGAUUUCGUAAAUUAUUUCCAAAAAGUACAUGUUCUGUUAUUGGAAUGAUCCAUGUUGGUGCAUUACCUGGUACUCCUAAAUAUAAUGGAAGUAUGAAAGAAAUAAUAAAAACUGCAUUGAAAGAAGCAAUGAUUUAUAAGGACUGUCAAGUGGAUGGUAUUAUUGUAGAAAAUAUGCACGAUGUACCAUAUGUCAAAUCUAAAGAUAUAUCAUCAGAAACAACAGCAAUGAUGACAAGAAUAUGCGUUGAAAUUAGAAAAGUAAUACCUGAAAGCAUAGCUUGUGGUAUACAGAUUUUAGCAGGUUGUAAUAAAGAAGCAUUAGCUGUUGCCAAAGCUGCUGAUUUCAAUUUCAUUAGAAGCGAAGGUUACAUCUUUUCGCAUAUUGCAGAUGAAGGUUUUAUAGAUGGUUGUUCAGGAAAUCUUCUUCGUUAUAGAAAACAUAUUGAUGCAGAGAAUAUUCUCAUCUUUGCAGAUAUAAAAAAAAAACAUAGUUCACAUGCGAUAACAUCAGAUAUCAGCAUAGCAGAAACAGUCAAAGCUGCAGAAUUCUUUUUAGCCGAUGGUGUUAUAUUAACAGGCUCAGCAACAGGGGAUCCAGCAGAUUUACAAGAAUUGAAGGAAGUUAAAAAGGUUGCUAAAGGACCAGUUCUUAUUGGAUCAGGAGUAUCUAUUGAAAACAUAGAUCACUAUAAAUCUUCAGAUGCAGUAAUUGUUGGAACUAGUUUUAAAAUAGAUGGAAACUGGAAGAAUGCAGUUUCUAAAGACAAAGUCCAUGACUUUGUAACUAAAAUUAGAAAAAAUACAACAGAACUGUUAACACAAACACAAUAUUAACAUAAAAAGAAUGUACGUUUUUUUUUUGUUUUUUUUUGUUAAUUCUAAAAAACAAGUUCAACAUCUACGAUAUACAUUACACAUUUUUUUUUUUCCAAUUUUCAAACAGUAAGAUGAGAUAACAAAAAUAUCAUGUCUAUAUUUAUUUAU